UCUUCAUCGGGUGUCAGAUUCUUUUUCUAUUCAUUUGCUCAUUCUUUAUAUAAUGGCUGAGAUUUUUGUAUCUGGGUUUGCCAGCAAAAGCCCAGAAUCGCACGAUGUUAUUUAAUUGCAACUCUGUCACAAAGAAAUCUCGAUCUGUCGUUGAAUUUUUCUACUUGGCGUCUUCUAAUUCCGACCCUCUGGUUCGGGUACUUCUUCUUUGUUCCUGUACUCUUCCAUUUUCGAGUUCUGAAAUCAAUGGUAUAUUCUGGUCAACUCACACUGGUACUUGGGAACUUGACUCAGGGUGGAAAGGUUGCUUUGAUUUCAUGUAAAUUGUACAGACACUGUUAGGAGGAGACUGAGAUCAUGGCAUUUGCUCAGAAAUGGAAUUGCUCAUGGUCUCUUGGGGCAUCAAUUGCUUCUAUAAUUGGAUUGAUUACUGUGGUUCAUUUGUUCUUCUUUCCUUUGGUGCCUUCUUUGGAUAACUUAAGGCGAUUUCCAAACUCUGGUUUUGCUGUUAAUUUGUCUACUGAAGCCUAUAAUAACCAUGCCAAAGAAGAUCCAGGUCCAUCCAUUGAUUUGAAUCAUAAGUUUCCUCCCGAUUCUCACCAUGCAGUUGUUUAUCAUGGUGCACCAUGGAAGUCUCAUAUCGGCCGGUGGCUUUCUGGUUGUGAUGCCAAUACUAACGAACUCCAGAUUGUUGAGUUAGUUGGUGGCAGUGGUUGCAAAAAUGACUGUAGUGGGCAAGGUGUUUGUAAUUAUGAAUUGGGACAAUGUCGGUGCUUUCAUGGAUAUAGUGGUGAAGGAUGCUCUGAGAAGGUGCAUUUAGAAUGCAACCAUCCUGGUUCAGAAGGGGAACCAUAUGGGCCAUGGAUUGUCUCAAUUUGCCCUGCUUAUUGUGACACAACAAGAGCGAUGUGUUUUUGUGGGGAGGGCACAAAAUAUCCAAAUCGUCCAGUAGCUGAGGCAUGUGGUUUUCAAAUGAGGCCAUCCUCUGAACCAAAUGCUCCGAAAAUUACUGAUUGGACAAAAGCUGAUUUGGAUAGUAUUUUCACCACGAAUGGAAGCAAACCAGGAUGGUGCAAUGUAGACCCAGCUGAAGCAUAUGCUUCAAAGGUGCAAUUUAAAGAAGAAUGUGACUGCAAAUUUGACUGUUCACUCGGGCGGUUCUGUGAAAUACCUGUAUCUUGCACCUGUAUCAAUCAAUGCUCUGGACAUGGGCAUUGUAUGGGGGGGUUUUGUCAGUGUAACAAGGGCUGGUAUGGAGUUGAUUGCAGUGUUCCAUCUGUUCAAACAUCCGUGAGGGAAUGGCCUCAAUGGCUACUACCGGCUCGAAUUGAUGUACCUGAUCGUUUGCAUAUUACUGAAAGAAGUUUUUAUCUUAAGCCUAUGGUGAAUAAAAAAAGGCCCUUGAUAUAUAUUUAUGAUUUGCCCCCAGGUUUUAACAGCCAACUACUUCAGGGGCGUCACUGGAAGUUUGAGUGUGUUAACAGAAUCUACGAUCAUAGGAAUGCAACAAUGUGGACAGAGGAUUUGUAUGGUGCUGAGAUGGCUUUCUAUGAAAGCAUCUUAGCUAGUCCACAUCGAACGUUGAAUGGUGAAGAAGCAGAUUUUUUUUUUGUACCAGUUCUUGAUUCAUGCAUCAUAACUCGGGCUGAUGAUGCUCCUCACUUGAGUUUGAAGGACUACAUGGGCUUGAGGAGCUUUCUAACACUGGAUUUCUACAAGAAGGCACAUGAUCACAUUGUUGAGCAGUAUCCUUACUGGAAUCGUUCAUCUGGACGAGAUCAUAUAUGGUUCUUUUCAUGGGAUGAAGGUGCUUGCUAUGCCCCCAAGGAGAUAUGGAACAGCAUGAUGUUGGUUCACUGGGGUAACACAAACUCUAAGCAUAACCAUUCAACCACAGCUUAUUGGGGGGACAAUUGGGAUCAAAUACCUUCUGGCAGAAGAGGAAAUCAUCCUUGCUUUGACCCCGAGAAAGAUCUCGUGGUUCCUGCAUGGAAACGUCCUGAUGGGAGUAGAAUGAGCAAAAAACUUUGGGCUAGACCACGUGAAGAGCGAAAGAUUUUCUUCUUUUUCAAUGGAAAUCUUGGACCAGCAUACGAAAAGGGAAGACCAGAGUCCACGUAUAGUAUGGGUAUUAGACAAAAAGUAGCAGAAGAAUUCGGUUCAAGCCCGAACAAGGAAGGAAAGCUUGGGAAACAACAUGCAGAAGAUGUUAUUGUUACCCCAUUACGUUCCGAAAAUUAUCAUGAAGAUUUAGCUAGUUCUGUUUUCUGUGGUGUGAUGCCUGGUGAUGGUUGGAGUGGGCGUAUGGAAGAUAGUAUUUUGCAAGGAUGCAUUCCUGUCAUCAUUCAGGAUGGAAUUUUCCUUCCAUAUGAAAAUGUGCUCAACUACGAGAGUUUUGCUGUUCGAAUAGGAGAAGAUGAUAUUCCAAAUUUAAUCAACAUUCUUAGGGGAUUUAACGAAUCGGAAAUCGAAUUCAAACUGUCAAAUGUGCGGAAAAUCUGGCAGAGAUUCAUGUAUCGUGAAGCUGUGAUGUUGGAAGCUCAGAGACAGAAAGCCGUUUACGGUUUUCAGGAGGAUUGGGCUGAUGAAUAUUCUCAAUUAAUUGAUGAUGAUGCUGUGGCUACAAUUUUACAGGUUCUACAUUACAAGUUGCAUAAUGAUCCUUGGAGGCGUCAUGUUCAGUCGAAGAACCAGUCCGGGUUACCCCAGGAAUGUCUAAUAAAAAACAACUGAAAAGCUAGUCCUACAUACUUUCAAUUCUCAAAUAUGUCGCUGCAUUCAUCAUGAUGUUAAAGAAGAUGGCGAGAUGGCAGCUUAUUUUUUGCUUGCAGGUGUCCCCGAUCUAGAAGAUGACUGUGCACAGUAACUCGAGUAGACUGCAUCAUCGUCUUUGAUACUGCCCAGAGAGCUCACAUCUCUUUUCGAACUUCUGAUAAAUUUUUUAAUCAAAUGUGAACCACAGAGAAUAAUAUGAUUUUGUACCAUCAUUCACAUCCCCACCCACAAUAUAUUCAUUGUUUUUUUUUUUUUUUUUAUUUGUUUUGUUUUGUAGCAGGUUGUUAUAUUUUUUUUAGUAAGAAUGAUCAAGAAAUGCAAUAGAAGUUCUUGCUCUAUUUUAUGGCAUUUGAUUUCA